AGGUAAUUAGCAAAGGGAUGCAAAAUCCUAUUUUUGUCCGGGAACACUUGUUCUACUUACCGAGAUGAUGACUGCAGAAACUGGUACAUAUCGUUGGAUGGCUCCCGAGCUUUACAGUACGGUCACGUUGAGGCAUGGCGAGAAAAAACACUAUAACCAUAAGGUAGAUGCAUACAGCUUCGCCAUCGUCUUGUGGGAGCUUAUCCACAACAAGUUACCUUUUGAAGGCAUGUCAAAUCUCCAAGCUGCUUACGCUGCUGCAUUCAAGAACGUGAGGCCAAGCGCAGACGAUUUACCCAAGGAUUUAGCAAUGAUCGUAACAUCUUGCUGGAAAGAGGAUCCAAAUGAUCGACCAAACUUCACAGAGAUAAUUCAAAUGCUUCUACGUUGUCUCUCCACAAUCUCAGCAACUGAGCUUGUUCCUCCGUCCAUUAAACGUGUAUUCUCGUCGGAAAACACAGUAUUGCCACCAGAAUCGCCGGGAACUUGCUCAUUGAUGGCUGUUAGAGACAAAGAUCAGAUUCCUACGGAUGCAAACUCGCCGCAGAAAGAAGUUAGAGGAAGCUUCUUCUUCUUCUUCUGCUGCUAAUAUUUGAUUUAUUUUGUUACAAAGUGAAAAAUGAGAGAAAGUGGUUUGAAAAUGUAAUGAAUAAUUUGAAUGACAAUGGCUAGAGUUAUUGUUAUGAGUUAAUAAUGUAAAGAAGUUUCCUUUGGUUGACGAUUCUGAA